CUUGCCCAUCAUCGGCCAGCAUGAAGCGAUCUGGCGAUCGGAGAGCCGCGAUCGUCAAGGUUGAGUGAUGCAAUGCGGCGUCAGACCGUAGCCAUUGUCGCUAUUUCACGUGCGUGCACACACCAUCCUUUGAGACUGGACCUGCGCAGUUCCCUCUCACUCGGACCUCCGGCAGUUGGGAUGGCGGCGACCAGGAGUGCACCAUGGAUCGUGUACGUGGCGCUAUUGGUUCAGGGCGUAUCAACCGCGGCUUCCAUGAUGGUGAGCGAGGGCGUCCAUCGCGGUAUCGACCCGCACAACGCUUCGCGCACUAGUGACAGUAUGAAGGAGGUGCAUGAAGUGCAGGAAGUGAGCGGGAUGCCCGCGCAGCGUUCAGCUGGCUACCAAACCUACAGUCUUGGAGGAGUCAGCCAUUGCUGCACUUGCGGUUGGAAUAGUUGGUGGACCUCGGCGACAAUUACCGAGCCAAUCACGACGAUCCAAAUGAGUGGUUAUUGGAGAGACCAGGGCUGGGGGGGCUACAAAGGCUACAUCCGUGUUGUGGUGGGGUCGGAGUCGUAUAACUAUGGUGUGGCACCUCAUUCCAGAUCGGCGUUUUCGUUCACCUGGACAUUGCCCGCGCCCUCGGCAUCUGGCAGUCAAGUAGCGCUGUCUUACAACGUUGGAUGGGGAGGCGGGCACUGUCUUUACGUCGAUGCUGGCGCGAGCCUGAAAGUGACCACCGCGACGCCAAGCCCGACGCCCUACCCGACGCCCUACCCGACGCCCUACCCGACGCCAAACCCGACGCCGAAUCCGACGCCAAACCCGACGCCCUACCCGACGCCCUACCCGACGCCAAACCCGACGCCGAACCCCCCGACGCCCUACCCGACGCCCUACCCGACGCCCUACCCGACGCCAAACCCGACGCCGAAUCCGACGCCAAACCCGACGCCCUACCCGACGCCCUACCCGACG